CCUCAUAAGACGCGGCAGCAAGGCGCCAUGGUGCUCACUGGCGGCGCAGCUGCCGUGUCGGUGGCGGACGGCGCGUGGGCGGGCCGCGGUGUUAGUUUGCAGCUGCAGUGGGGUGGCCACACCUUCACGCUGACGUCAGCCUACUUUCCCCUGACAUCCACAGCGCAGCAGGCUUUCAUUCGUGAGUGGGUGGGCCUGCGGGCGUCGGGCUCGGGCGAGCACCUCCUAGCAGCUGACUUCAACUUUGUGGCAGAUGUGGCGCUAGAUACAGUCACUGGCCGGGCGCGCAGCGACGGACCCGCAGCCGCCGCGCUGGCGGCGGCGUGCCCUGGCCUCAUUGACGUGUUACGGCGGCGCCACCCGGCUUGCCGCGUGUACCUUCUUCCACCCCCACGGGCUAGCCUGGCCAGGGCCCACCUCGGUUUCCGGGACUUCAAAGACUUGGAUCGUGACUACCGUGCCUGGCUGGGUACGGCCCUGGCGGCACGCCCCACUGAUCCUGUUGAGCUGCUGGAGUGGUGGCCGGCCCUUAAACGGGCUGCCGCCACGUCCGCCAACCGCCUGAGCCGGGAAGCUGUUACGAGGCGUGUGGCCGCCAGCCAGCGGGAGGCGGCCGCGCUUGAGGCGGCGGCAGCAGCAGCAGCCGCGGUGGAGGCUGGCGGUGAUGUGCAGGUGGCGGCACAGGCGGCCGUGCGUGCGCGAUGCACGGCGGCGGAGGCCGCCGUGGCCGCGGCCGCCGGCGCGGCGCGACGUACGCGCCGCGCGUGGCUGCGUGGCGGCGAGAAGCCCUGCCCUCUCCUCACGCGCAUGCUGCGGCCGGCGGCGGGUGGGCCGCGCGUGAUUGCCAAGUUGAAACAGCCCGAUGGCACCACUACAGCCGACCCCACGCACGGUCGUCAUGGGGCAGGUGAUGGCGCGGUACUGGAGGGACGGCAGUGCCGCGCCGCCGCCCGCUCCAGACGCCCGCACGCCAGUCCUGGAUGCGCUGCAACAGCACGGGCGCCGGUGUACAGCCGAAGAGGCGGAUCAGCUGGGGCGGGUUGCGGUCUCGGCGGCGGAGGUGCGCGCGGCGCUAGCCGCUGCGCCGGCUGGGCGCGCGGCGGGCCCUGACGGCAUACCGGUGGAGUUAUACCAACACUAUGACAGUGAAUUUGCGCCGGUCCUAGCGGAUGUGUUUACGGCGAUGGGGGAGGGGGCUGGGGUGCCUGACGGGCUCCUGGAUGGCGUGUGGUCUUUCUUCUUUAAGGCGGGCGACCCUAUCGAGCCCUAUAAUUAUCGCCCCAUCACGCUGACGGAUGUUUGGACGUAUCGUUGACCCUGAGCAAACUGCGUUUCUGACGGACCGUCGCAUUGCCGAUAACGUCCUCUUGCUCCAACUUACUCCUGGCCUGUUGAAAUAAAGCCACCAAAAAGGCACCGGCUGUGGCGGCCUUCCUAGACUUUUACAAGGCGUAUGAUACGGUGGACCGCUCUUUUCUGCUCGCGUGUCUGGAGCGCAUGGGCGUGGGGGCGGGCUUUCUUACGGGCGUCCCGCCUGUUAACUGAUACGCGUGGGGCGGCGUUGGUGAAUGGACGUGUGUCAGGAUGGGUGACGUUGAUGGCGGGCGUGCGGCAGGGCUGCCCGUUGGCUCCGUUGCUCUACCUCGCUGUGGCACAAGCCCUCCUGUCAUGGCUACGCAGCCGGGGGCAUACAUGGUGUGCUCGCUAACCUUGCGUCGGUGCUGGCGUCCCAGUAUGCGGAUGAUUGCACGCCGUUUUUAGAGGGGUUUCAGGCGGUGCCGGAGUUCCUGGCGGACACGGAUGUGUUUCGGCGGGCGUCUGGACAACGGUUAAAUAUGACUAAAAUUGAACGGAUGGUGAUGGGGACGGUCGGCGGUGCUGGCGCCCUGCCGGCCGGCGUGGCUGGCCCGCCCCUGCCCCCUGGCUGGCGUGUGGUGCCGGCGGCCAAGUCACUAGGGGUGCAUUACGGGGAUUGGGGCGCACUUACCCCGCCAGUUACGUUUGAGGCCGUGUUCGUUAGGGGUGCUGAGCAAAAUCGCGCGCAUGCCCGUGUUCAUGUUUGGUCGGGCGGCCGCGGCGUCGGCUUAUGCUUUGGGCAAGGUCCUUUAUCAUUUGGAAUU